UUCGCACUGGCCAUUGGUUGUGGAGGCACUUCACUCAAGCCGGGGCGGGCGGUGCUUGGGAGGAAGCGGAAGGAAGACGCGCGGCAAACCGGUCAGGAUGGAGGCGGCGGCUGAGCCUGGAAACCUGGCCGGCGUCCGGCACAUCAUCCUUGUCCUCUCAGGAAAGGGGGGUGUCGGGAAAAGCACCAUCUCCACGGAGCUGGCCCUGGCCCUGCGCCACACGGGCAAGAAGGUGAGCGUGUCGGGCAGCCGCCGGCUUUACCCCCUGCCUGGCGGGGCCCCGGCCUCAGGCGCCUGUGCCCGCCUCCCGCAGGUGGGGCUCCUCGACGUGGACCUGUGCGGCCCCAGCAUCCCCCGCAUGCUCCGGGUGCAGGGCAGGGCCGUGCAUCAGUGCGACAGGGGCUGGUUGCCGGUCUUCGUGGACCAGGAGCAGGGCAUCUCCCUCAUGUCAGUGGGCUUCCUGCUGGAGAAGCCGGACGAGGCCGUGGUGUGGAGAGGCCCCAAGAAGAACGCGCUGAUAAAGCAGUUUGUGUCUGACGUGGCCUGGGGGCCGCUGGACUAUCUGGUUGUGGACACGCCCCCUGGGACCUCGGAUGAGCACAUGGCCGCCGUGGACGCCUUGCGCCCCUACGGCCCCCUGGGGGCCCUCGUGGUCACCACGCCCCAGGCCGUGUCUGUGGGGGACGUGAGACGGGAGCUGACCUUCUGUAGGAAGGUGGGGCUGCGGGUCAUCGGGCUCGUGGAGAACAUGAGCGGCUUCGUCUGCCCACACUGCGCCGAGUGCACCCACGUCUUCUCCCGGGGAGGCGGAGAGGAGCUGGCCAGACACACCGGAGUGCCCUUCCUGGGCUCCGUGCCCCUGGAUCCUGAGCUCGCCAGGAGCCUGGAGGAGGGCCGCGACUUGGCGCGCGGCUUCCCGGACAGCCCUGCCUUCCCCGUGCUCUCCUCCAUCGCGCAGAGGAUCCUCGACGAGACCCCCGUUGGGCUCCGCUGACCGAGGCAGCCACGCUGUUGGGCCCGCCUCCCAGGACACAUUUCUGAUGGCCCAGCGGUGGCUCAACUCUGAGCUGCGGACAGUACGCCGUGGUUCUGCCCUGUCGGCCCGUGAGACACGGUGGACAGCACGCGGCCCGAAGGCCGAGGCCUGAGCUCCCGGCGGCGCGGGCCCAAGCGCCUGGGGGACUUCCGCCACCCUCAGCCAUCCUGGGGCCCCUCAGCCCCCAGGCCUGUCCUCGGGGUAGAGGAGGGGGCAGCCCCCCCCGGGUGUCAGCUGUAUCUCAGAGGAGCCCCAAAUAAAGGCGCCCCAUCACCGCGGUGCCAUGUCUGA